CUCAUCUCUUCUCCGGACGUUCCAGACACACCCAUCUGUUUCACCCAGAGAGCACUUUUCCCACUGCACUUAAUUCAUCACACUCCCGUCACUAUACUCAGUAUGUCUCCAUCUCGUCGCGCGCUCAUCGCCAUCACCUCCGCCCAGGCCUCUCUUUUCGAAGGCGGUGGCCACCAAACGGGUGUUUUCAUCGGCGAAGCCCUGCAUCCGUACAACGUCCUCAAAGCCGCGGGCUUUGAAGUCGAUAUUGCCUCUGAGAAGGGGACGUGGAAAGAAGACUGGCUCAGUCUCCAGCCUGGGUUCUUGAGCGAUGAGGAGAGGAAGCAGUAUGAUGACAAGAGCAGUGACUUCCGCAGCGAGAUCGAUCGGAAUGUGAAGGCAGAGGAUUUGUUGGAGAAGGAGUAUGGUAUCUUUUUUGCGUCUGCAGGGCAUGCUGCUUUGAUCGACUACCCCCAUGCUGCGAAUCUGAAGAAGAUCGCGGCCAAAGUCUGGGAGAACGGUGGCGUAGUCUCCGCUGUCUGCCAUGGCCCAGCCAUCUUUGCUGGCCUUCUCGACCCCGCUACAGGCAAGCCUAUAGUUCAGGGUAAGAAAAUCACUGGUUUCACGACCCAAGCUGAGGAGGAGAUGGGGGUCAUGGACGGGCUUCGAUCGUGGAAAGAGCCACUGGUUGAUGAGCAUGCAAAGAUACUCGGUGCUGAGUAUGUUCGGUCCGAAGGUGUCUGGGAUGACUACCACAUCGUCGACGGAAGGAUUGUGACCGGCAUGAAUCCGCAGAGCUCGAAGAGCACCGCAAGAGCGGCUGUCCAGGUGUUUGAUAAGCAGUAGUGAAGUUCAUCUCGGGAUAUAGGGUUGGAGGAAGAACCUUGGACAAGUACACAGUGGCUAGUUUAUGAAGCUCAUCGUACCCCGUACUGAUAUUCUUAAUCGCCAUCAGAAGGGCUUGGUAAUCUAGAACUCAAAUAAG